AUGUUGACCUCUCAAAAUGCUUAUUCUGCUGUAUCUGGAUCUAUGACUUUGAAGAAUUUAAUUGGCAAGUCUUCAAAGAAUAAUAGGAAUACUGGAAAAGCUGUUGAUUCUGCAGGAUAUAACCCACUUGGCCCGAUGCCUGAGCAACCAGAACCAUAUAAUGAUCCAUUUGCAGGAUCACAGAUAAUCAUGGACAAUGUGGCGAAUGCGUAUUUAGCGAGGGAGUUGCAGAAAAUCAAGGAACUAAUCUCAACAGUUCCGGGAUACCAUCAGCCAAUUCCAAAAGCCGAUCCACAGAUGUACAGGGUUUCCAAAUUUAUACCGGCUAUUGCUGAUGUGGAAAUUCCAAAGAAAUUCUCAGCACCUCAUAUAAAAACAUAUGAUGGGACCACAGACCCAGAAGAACAUGUAGCGCAAUAUUUGGAAAGAAUGGAGACGGUUCCAAUUCCGAUAGAUUUGACAGAAGCAUGUUUGUGCAAAGGUUUUGGGGCCACAUUAUCAGGAGCAGCCCUAAAGUGGUUAUUAAACCUACCAACUGGAUCUAUUACUUCUUUUGUGCAUUUAGUUAAUCAGUUUAAUUUGCAAUUUUCUUGUAGUAGACUUUUUGAAAAGAUAACUAGUGACCUAUAUCAAGUAACUCAAAGAAAUAACGAAUCUUUAAAAGAAUUUCUUAACAGGUUUACAAAAGAAUCUCUGCAUAUCCCAAAAUUAGACAUGAAUACCGUGGUUCAAGCCUUAAAGAUGGGGUUAAGCAAGGAUUAUUUGUAUUAUCAGGAUCUUGUUAUGACACCUUGCAAGUCGCUAGACGAAGCAAGAAAUCGUGCCUUGAGAUUCAUUAGGUUGGAAGAAGACGAAUUGCUGAGAAAGAGGAUGAAAACACCAUCAACAUACGAUCAUCCUAAUAGAAGAACAGAAACUCCUGUGUUCCGACCAAGCAAGAACAAGCCCUACACAAGAGCUGUGCAACAAAGGACGGUCGAAAAACCUCAAAAUUCUCAAUAUCCUGAAUUAUAUGAAUUUUGUUUACCUGUUAAUGUUGCAGGGAUCGUAGCAGCCAUGAAGAAUCUUGGGGACAAAGCUGUCAGAUGGCCUCCUAAGAAUCCUAAGAGUAAUGCAAAUAAAGACAAAUCAAGAUGGUGUGCUUAUCAUGAAGAUUUUGGGCAUACCACUGAAGAGUGUUUUGCUUUCAGAAGAGAAAUUGGAAUCCUUUUGUCCAAAGGAUACCUUACAGAAUUAUUUGGCAAAAAGAAGGCUCGGGAUGUUGAAAUGAAGGAUUUGGGUGGAUCUGAAGUAUGUGGUACAUCCUAUUCAGCAGCUAAAAGUAACGCAAAAGAAGCUAAGUCAAAGAAAGGAGAUAAGCCGCUACCAAAAUCCAAUGUGCUACGAAUGGAUAAAGUGACUUUUGAAGAAGAUGAUAUGGAUAACAUCCAGGAUCCUCAUCAUGAUGGUUUAGUAAUAACUUUAUAUGUAGCUAACCAUUUUGUACGUAGGAUCUUAAUCGAUAAUGGCAGUUCAGUUAAUAUAAUAAGAUUGGAACCCUCAAAAGAAUGGGGAUCUCUAAAGAAGAAAUCGGCGGAAAGUAGGCCAUGGAUACAUGAGAUGAGAGCCGUUCCUUCAACUUAUCAUCAAUGUGUGAAGAUCCCGACUCCUUGGGAAGUAGUGAAGAUAAAAGGAGACCAGAAGGAUGCUAAAGAAUGUUAUAUGGCAUCCAUGAAAUCUACCAGCAAAUCCACUGAAGCAUAG